GAUGACACGUGGGUACAAAUGAAAAUGGCUUUCAACACCGUUUUCAGCUAUUGUCUGAUGGUGAACUUAUAUGGGUACAACUUCGUAGCCGUUAACAUAGCGACACCGUAGUGAAAGACAUACAUAAACAACAUGACUUCUCCGGCAGAUUUACGAUCUUAAUGUCACACGCUUUUUAACUACGGGUGUUUCAAUGUAUGAUGUCUUUCUGGAGACUCUCUAUGAUAACCGAUAUCGCCCCCUGAGAAAGCAACUGAAGGAUACGCAUGUUGACGAAGAUUUUAAUCUUGAGCCAGGCGACUACAGGGUCAUCUGUGGUAAGGUUAUCACCAAUGAAGAAAUCGUAAGUGCAGAAGGAAAGCCCUAUAGAUGUGUUAAACUUCUACAUAGACAACUUGGACAAAUAGAAGCUACAGCUCACAAUCCCGCAGCCAUUAAAACAGCAGAAUAUUUGGAGACAGGGAACUUCUAUACCAUAAGAGAUGUUAGGUUGCAAAAAAUCCCCGAAAAAUUCAACACACCUGAUGAAGCAAAUAUUCAAAUUAUAAUAAAUAAUUCAUCACAUUUCACACUUAAUGAAAAUCCUUCAGAAAAUAUCAAAAACCUUAAGAUAAAAUAUAUAACCAUUGAAGAAAUUCAACGAAGAAAAGAUAGCUGCUAUGUCAAUCUUCAUGCUCGCAUUAUUGAUCUAGGAGAACCAUUUCGAACAUCAAGAAAAAAUAUCUUAUGUCGGAAGAUUGACCUCUCUGACAACAGUCAUCAAAUUCAAAUAGCAUUAUUUGAGGAAAAUACCAAUAAAUAUAAUAAAGGACAGAAUCUAACAAUUAUUGGAGCAAAAGUGAACAGUUCCAAUGACACAGUGUCUUUGACCACUUCAUUGAAAACAGUCAUAUAUGUUUCAGAUUCACUCAGUGACAGUGACGAUAAAAUCGUUCAAGCAACCAUUCGAGAAAUUCGAAAUAAAUAUCGUAUACCUGAUUCUUGUCAAAAGCAAAAUUGUGGCAGUCGUUUGAACAAAUUGCCAAAUGGAAAAUACGUUUGCACAAUAUGCGAGGAAAUAUACAAAUCGGAUCCAAGUAGCUACAACAUUGUCUUCACCCUAAAAGGUUCUUCACCAGGGGAAACAUUUGAAGCUGUUGGAUCUGAUGAAGUUUGUCAGAAAUUGUUUAACCUUGACUAUGAGGAGUUUACCCAAUAUAAGAAACAAGACGCAUUAUUGAGAUCCGUUAUAGAUGACGAAUAUGUAUUCUAUUACACAACUGAUAUGGACCAGACGCAGAUUAUUGAUAUAGUUAAACCAGAGCCUCCUGUAGACCUGUCAAUGGCAUAUAGUUCGAAUGAAACCAAGAAAAAGCGCAAAUUGGAUGAUGCAUGUCCAGGAAAGUUUGCAGGAGUAUCAAACGCUAAACGUAAAAAAUAAGUGUUCGAAUCCAUAGCAUGUGAACUGAAACUUUUCAUUGUCAAAUAGAUACGUGAUUUAAGGCUUAUGAACCUGAUGCAUAGAUUGGAUGUUUAGCAUGUAUAUCACGUUUAACACACACAGCAAUAUACUAUGCACACACAUUUAGUAGGCAAUGUUUCAAAACUUUGAAGCUGAGGGGUUUUUUUUUCUGUGUUUUGAGAAGAGACACUGUAGUUUGUACAAUUGUUUACAUCCCAGUUAUAAACUAGAACCGGUCCAGGAAAUAUUGUGGGAGGCGGACCAAGGCCAAAAGGGCACAUGGACAAACUCUUGAAGAGGUGCAUCCCAAUAACACUCUGGCGUUCGUAACUCGUUUAUAUGUAUCUGCAAGUAGUAGUUUAUAGAAGAAUAUAACAUUUUCUUUGUAACAUUAAGACUAUAAUUCACAACUUGCAAAGCUGAAAAUUGUAAACAAAUUGUUUUAAAAAGGCAGUUUUUUUUUAAUUGUGGCAGGUCCUCCUGGAUCCGCCCUUGAUAAAUGUCUGCUCAAUGAGUACCAAUUCGUAAACAGUAGCACAAACCAAAUUUGAAGAUAUCACAAAAUCGCCAGAAUACAACAAUCCCAAUAUGCAUCUUCUAUGUCCUUCAACCGAGAUGCAACAGACUUAUUACCAACCAGGUCAACUAUUUUCAUCUCUACCAUUACCACCAGAACAAUAACAACAACAACAACAACAAAUGUAUUCUACACUCCCGCAAACCAGGGUUAAUGUACAUGCAUGCAGUACUACUGUAAGCCCACCCUUGUGGGCACAGACUUUGUGACCAAAUCUCUAAACUAACGAAGACCGUUGGUGAUAUACCGAAAAGCUAGAAAGUAUCGAGAACAAAAUGGGUACCAUCGAAAACACGUUGACUGGGUUAAACACUGGUGUCAAAUCGGCCCAUGAUCGAAUCAACAAGGUAGAGAUCAGCUGUCAAUUCAUCAGCAAUAUCCACGAUUGUAUGAGUAUCGAAAUGAACCACCUAAAACGAACGGUAAAUGACCUCUGUAGGGUGUACACUACCAAAUCAAAUCCCAUAGACGACAAUAGUAACAUAUACGGCUAAAACUCCUACCUGCAACGUAUCAACCGACAUAAACGCCACGGAUAUAAAUUUUACCACCCCUU